CCUUACUAUACUGUAUUCAGUAAUUCAGUCUAUUGAAAUAUAAUAUUACCAGAAUAUUCUAUUUAAUUCUCUCUUGAUUAGUCAAUAAUAAAAAAUUGUUUAAUUAAAAUAUUCAACAUGACACGUGUAGCUGUUGUAACUGGUGGAAAUAAAGGCAUUGGAUUUGCUAUCGUAAAAAAACUUUGCAAACAAUUUGAUGGAGUUGUAUAUUUAACAGCUCGUGAUGUCAAUCGAGGAUUGAAUGCGAUUAAGCAGCUUGAAAAACAAGGUCUAAAACCCAAAUUUCAUCAGCUUGAUAUUACUGAUGAUAAUAGUAUCUCUACUUUUUAUAAUUAUUUAGAACAAAAAUAUAAAGGACUUGAUAUAUUAGUUAACAAUGCUGCUAUUGCAUUUAAAAUGGAUGCUAAAGAACCUUUUUCUAUACAAGCUGCAGAAACAUUGAAAACAAAUUAUUUUGGUUUAAGAAAAGUAUGUAGCAAACUUUAUCCAUUAUUAAAACCACAUGCACGUGUAGUACAUGUAUCAAGUUCUUCUGGUCACUUAUCAUUAAUUCCUAGUGAAGCACUAAGAAAUAGAUUUUUAAAUCCAAAUCUUACAGAGGAAGAAUUAGACAAUAUUAUGCAUGAAUUUGUUGAUGCUGCAAAGACAAAUACACAUUUAGAAAAAGGGUGGGCAAAUUCUGCUUAUGUUGUAAGUAAAGUGGGAGUAUCUGCUUUAGCUAGAGUUCAUCAAAGAAUAUUUAACUCAGAUUCUAGACAAGAUCUAGUAGUAAAUGCUGUACAUCCUGGUUAUGUAGACACUGAUAUGACUAGUCAUCGAGGUACUUUAACACCUGAUCAAGGUGCUGAGGCUCCUGUUUUUUGUGCAUUAUUGCCAGAAAAUACAAAUAUAAAGGGUAAAUACAUUUGGUACGAUAAAUCAUUAGUAGAUUGGACAAAAGCUUAAAUGCAGAACAAUAUAAUUUGAUUUUUUGUUAUAUGUUCAUUUCUUUAUUUCUAAAAUAAUAUUUGUUUUAUUAUUUAUAUAACAUUUUUUUUUUAUAAAAUUU